GCAACCCAAGUUAUUUUCAGAGCCAAAGAAGAAGAAGAAGAAGAUGGUGUCAGGGUCAGGGAUAUGCGCGAAGCGCGUGGUUGUAGACGCGAGACACCAUAUGGGUGGUCGUCUAGCGUCCUCAAUUGCAAAGGAGUUGCUCAACGGACAGAAAGUGGUGGUCGUACGAUGUGAGGAGAUUUGUCUCUCAGGAGGUUUGGUAAGGCAAAAGAUGAAGUACAUGAGAUUCCUUAGGAAACGUAUGAACACUAAGCCUUCUCAUGGUCCUAUUCACUUUCGUGCUCCUUCCAAGAUCUUCUGGCGCACCGUUAGAGGGAUGAUUCCACACAAGACCAAGCGUGGUGCUGCUGCACUUGCUCGUUUGAAGGUUUUUGAGGGGAUCCCACCUCCAUAUGACAAGAUUAAGAGAAUGGUUAUACCUGAUGCUCUUAAGGUUUUGAGACUUCAGAGUGGCCACAAGUACUGCUUAUUAGGCCAGCUAUCGUCUGAGGUUGGCUGGAACCAUUACGAUACCAUUAAGGAACUUGAGACAAAGAGAAAGGAAAGGUCACAAGUGAUGUAUGAGCGUAAGAAACAACUCAACAAGCUCAGGAACAAGGCAGAAAAGGUUGCGGAAGAGAACCUCGGAUCACAGCUCGAUAUCCUUGCCCCGGUUAAGUAUUGAAGACACCUGACGUCUAUCACCUCUAAGUUUUAAACCCAUUUCGUUAAAGCAUAGUCUUGAUUUCGAUUUUGCAUCUGAAAUUUUGUUCUCUUAUUGUCAUAGAAAGAACCGUAUCUAUUCAUUUACUCGAUUGUUCUGCAACAUAUCCUUUAUGUUGGUUCUUAUUUCAAUCAAAAUAAUGUUAUUUCA